UGAUCGCAAAUACUCACUAAAAGUAUUUCAUUUUAUUACAAAUACAAAGAGAAACGCGAUGAAAACGUGAGUUUAGAUAAAACUCUAAACGCAUGCGUGCCAAAAAUUUGUUUCAGCAAAUUUUCGAAAGUCCUUGUACCACCAGCUUGCGGAUAAUACGAAAUUAAAAAUCGGAUGGGAUUGAAAGUGACUGUGUGUCAGAUCAGGGUUUGGAGUGAUCAAUAUAAACAUCAAGAAUGAUGAAUAUAAAUGUCAGAAUAAUCAAUAUAAAAAGGAUAAAGGGUAGCUUUCGUGGUACGAAAAAUGUAGAUGAGAACAUCUGCGAUAUGCUUGCCACGCGUUUUGUCUCGGCACGUCAAGCACACGGUCGGGGUCUUUUCUCUCGCGAAGUAUUUCAUUAUUCUCCGUAAUUUCCGACGGAGCUGGAAUUUGCCACCACAACCCGUCAUAUCCGCCUGCUUCGAUAACUAUCGUGUGCAUUCCUGCUAGUCCAUUCGUUUUAUCUGCUUCUCCCCCAUCUCAUUGUUUAACCAUAUAUUAUACAUUAUAAACCAUUCUUUUGCUCACCCAUUACUGGGAUAUUAUUUAUGGUCGAUUGGAAUUUCUUCGCCAAGUGAGUAAAAGAGAGAACGAGACAGAAAGAAGAGAGAGAGAGAGAGAGAGAGAGAGAGAGAGAGAGAGAAAGUGAGAGGGUAGAGAGAGAGAGUCUUUAUCGAAAGUUUAUCGAUCGUACCGUCUGAACCUUUUUUCUCAGUGGCACACACAUUCCGAUCUUGACGCAAAUACUGUUUUUCAUUCCCACGAGAUGACUCGUCAUCGGUUCGUGCCUCGAUUUUCGCGAGAAACAUUGAAAAAUUCUUCAAUAUCUUUAAAUGCUUCUUGCCGCUGGGGACUCUAUCGACGCGUAGAAUACACGAGUGGAUUGACCAUCAGCAUACAGAACGGGAAUGUGUGUGGAUGUCGUUCGCGAUAUUAAUUAAAAAUCUGCCUUAUGCUUGACGGGCGAUUUGAACAUGGCAUUGCAUGAGCGACGCUAUAUCCGCGUGAAAUUUAGACGAGAGUGCUCCUCCAAUAUUCAGCGCGAAUAAAAACGACGAUUUCGUGGCGCGAUAUUUCGGCAGUCGCGAAAAAAACGACGCGCACUCCAGCGUUCAUGUGUAUUUAGAAGGCUACUAAAUACACGUGUUAACUUAUAUCCAAAUAAAGAGAGGAAAUGCCGUGAAACAGCCGUCCGCAAGUAAGUGGAAUAUAUUCAGGAGGACGUCGCGGACGUUAAAGAAAACAGCGGUUGCUCCUAGCUGCUUUAUGCUGACGCGAAGGAUGCGCUUUGCAUCGCGUGUUGUUCCUUAUCAUUUAAUAAGAAUCCUCUCAGGGUGUGCUGGACGACUUUGCGGGCACGUCAUGCAAAUCAAAAAUAAAGGGAGACAGAGAGAAACGGCAGCGGAGGUAUUGAAAAGGUUAACACUAAGAAAAAAGUGUUUGCUACUUUUGUAAUUAUAUUCACACAAGAAAAUAAUUGCUAUAAAUUAUGAUAAAGAAACCAUGUUUUUAUAUAUAUUAAACUCUAUUUUAUAAUGUUAGCGAUAAUAACUUUGUAUACAUGUUACUACUAUCGUUUUUGUCUUAGAACAAUCAAAAUAUAUAUCUGAGUGAAAAUAACUAUAAUUUUAGUUAGAUCAACUUUCUUCUCUCAAUAUAGAGGAUAUAUAUAUUUAUUACUUCAGCUUACAUGCCAGGAAGGAAAGACGACUUUUUAAUGAACGCAAUUUUAAAGCAAUUUUAGUGAGCGCACAGAAUUACGCUCAAAACACGUUCUCAUUUCGACGACAUCGUUCGGCGUUAUAAGUUAAGUACGUGCGCGGAAUUUCAGGUUCUCUUUAAACUGCCUUUUCGAAUUACCGUUACUCAGCCCCGCCGUGAAGAAGUGGAAACAGCGCGGUAAUUUACUUAAUUCGGUGCGCCAAGGGGAAAUCCAUUUUCUGGCCCGGUCAAUAAUAAUAUACUGAUGUACAGUCGUCGGCGGUUGGCUGAAAAAAAGGCCAGCGCGAAGAUAAGAAAAGAGCCGGUUUAAACGAUCAGAUUAAUCGCGACACAUAUAUUAUUCUUCUUCCUUUUUUAUUAGUCGCGAGUUAAUUGCAUUACGAUGUUCCCGUUCACGCCGUUGUCCUUUCCCGUAUCCGUCAAUGUGUCUCUAUCAGAUAAAUGGAGGAGACAGACAAAAGCGUUACAAAUUGCAAUUUGAUUUGUUUCCAAUUUGACAAUAUCACCGUGCGUUCGAGUGAAAUUGUAACUGGUCCAUCCAUUCACGUAAAUACACGUACAAAAAAAGACUUCAUUUCGGGUAACUGAAUGGGGACUAAAUGAAAAACAAGAAGUAAUAUAUUUGUUAUUGUGACCGAAAAUAUUUGUUAUUGUGACCGAAAGUAUUUGUUACAUUGACCGAAAAUAUUUGUCUGGUUGUUCAGCUGCAUUAAAAAUCGCUCAAAUGACUGAGAGCAGUUGGCUGAGUAGGAACCUCUUACAGGAAUUCUUUUGUUCCUACAAGCGAGUUCUUCACCUGAUCCCCAAGUAGCAGAAAAUUCGGUUACACUAACGGAGUUGUUUUUGUGGAAACCUUGAUUUUUCGAGGUGCGUAAUUUGUAACUCAUUAUUCUUUUGUAACCGAUUUAUGCAAACAUACCGACAUGCUUCAUUAAAUAUCGUAGCAUAUCAAUUUUAAUUAUAAUGCGUAGCGUACAAAUAUGCUGUGUGGAAUGCAGUUUGCGGUUGAAAUAGGCCAAAUUCAUCGACACGAAACUAAUUUAUGAUGAAAUAAAUUGAAAUUCCGGAAAUCAUUACUAAUACAUGUUUUUAAGUAAACAAUUAUUCAUUGUCACACAUUUGUCAUUAUUUAUAGCUAAUAUUCAACACACUCUCCACUCUUUAUAUUCACUCCGGUCUCCAUUUAUUCGCAAUUAUGCAACUUGUAUCGCGAAUAUUACGCGUGUCGUGUAUAUUUAAUUUCGCAUCGCUUCGCCGGGUUAUUAUGCAAAGUGCAUAUUAUGUACGAUUAAUAAAUUAUUAAUGAAUAAUCGAUGUCGCGUUACGCGAUUUUAUUGCUGUAUAACUGUAAAAUGCUUAAAUACCAUAACAUAUUAAACAUUGCGGUGUAAAUAUUGAAAAUAUGCCACUCGAUAUCGCCACUUUGCCUCUGUUAUUUGUCUAUUAUCGUAUUUCAGCUUUAUUAUCGUCUCUACAAAAACGCGAUAAUAAAUGCUAUAUAUGUAAUUUUUUAAUACUUUUACCAAAUAUCUAUCACUAACGCAGGAAGAUAAGAUAACACGGAAAAAACAAUUCCGUUGAUGCAGCCGAAUUUUCAGCCAUUUUUCUCAGGGAUCAGACGAAAACUCGAUUGUAAGAACGGAAAAAUUCCUUUAUGAGACUUCUAUAUAGUCAAUUGUUCUCAGUUGCCUCAACCGAGUUCUAAUAUCGCUGAAUGUUCAGACGAAUAUUUUUGGUUGCGAACGGAAAUAUUAGUUUUCAUAACGAAGAUAUCGUUUCUAAUCACUUAAUUUUCAGUUGGUUUCUAUUCGGUUACACCAACUAAAAAUUUUUUUCCGUGUCGACAAGUGUCGAUGUAUAUAUUUGGCGCGUAAUUUUGUGUCAUUUUGUCUUGUAAUAACUAAAAUGCAAACAUGCAGCAACAUAGCCACUUUGCAAAAUAAAGAAGGCUUCUUACAAAAUAUAUAUUCUGGUUAGUAGUUCCAGGAUUCUCAUGAGAGGUUUUCACAGCUCUCCUGCCGGCCCUUAAUUUAUCUCGCCAACUUUAUCUUGUCCUCCCAUAUGCUCGAUUUCAACUAUUUUAUGAAUGAAAAUUUCCUUUAUUAUCCGAAAAUAUAUCAUACAUUUGCAGGAAACUUCAUUGUAGCUAAUAACACGUUACUUAACUUUAUUCACUCAUGAUGAUAAAUAUUAAUAUAAAAUUUCGAGAAUCUCGAAAAUUUACUUUGUUAUUACUGAAUCAUUUUUUUCUAUUUUAUAACUGUAAUAUUUCGAUUUUAAUAAAACUCAGGCAAAGGUAUUCAUAUUCUAAAAGGAUUAUUUCGCGAUUUUGUAUCCAUUGUUCUUCUCAAGAUAGAUGCUCUAAAACGAGUACAUACCUCUGGAGCAAUCUAGACCCGGUCUCUCCUACUUCGGGAUACAACUUCUUCGUAUUUUUAGUGCACAGUGUUUUCCCAGUUUUGCCUUAUUCUCACGUUCUGUUUGACUUUCCUCAUCCAAUUUUAGCAAAGUUUGCGCGCGCGCGUUUGUCUCUUCCCGAUGUGAUCCAUUUCCAUAUUUCGGUGAAACGUCGUUGUUAGGCAGUUUGACCCGUGUAUCUAUAGACCGUAGAAAGUUUCGCAAACUUUCGUCAAUCACUCUCACAUGUCUGUUCUUUACUUCCAUCCGCAUUCAUACCUCUCCGCAAGCGCUCAUUGUGAUUUGUAAUCCGCGCACUCUCGUCUCCCGUCGAUCCGCAGGACUCGCAUCCCGACACGAUUGAUCGUUCUCGUGGUAUGGAGUCCUCUUAGAGAGUCGUCACGAUGGCUCAAGCCGGCGUGCACACUGGCAAGCAAAAAUCAUCAUCUAUGGACCGAGGGUGAACGGAGAAUGGAGAAUCAAACGGCUGAUUACCAUGGGGACGUUUACCAAUGGAACCAUACGGUAUCGGCGGAUGAGGGAGGUGCGAAGACGGAAUAUUACCUGCCCAAUUGGACCGAUCUUGUCCUGGCGGGAUUAUUCACGAUGCUGAUUAUCGUUACUAUAGUCGGCAAUACUCUAGUGAUUGCGGCUGUAAUUACCACCAGGCGAUUACGGUCCGUGACUAAUUGUUUUGUGUCUAGCCUAGCUGCGGCGGAUUUACUAGUCGGUCUAGCGGUGAUGCCACCGGCGGUGUUGUUACAGCUUACAGGAGGGACUUGGGAGUUGGGCGAGAUACUGUGCGAUUCUUGGGUCUCCCUCGACAUUCUACUCUGCACGGCCAGUAUUCUCUCGUUAUGCGCCAUAUCUAUAGACAGGUAUCUGGCCGUGACUCAGCCGCUGAUAUACAGCCGUCGACGUAGGAGUAAAAGACUGGCCGGGCUGAUGAUCGUCGCGGUAUGGGUUCUGGCUGGGGCCAUUACGAGCCCGCCCUUGCUGGGCUGCUUCCCGCGCGCGACGAACCGCGAUAUCAAAAAGUGCUCCUACAACAUGGACUCCUCGUACGUGAUAUUCUCGGCGAUGGGUAGCUUCUUCCUGCCGAUGCUGGUGAUGCUGUACGUGUAUGGCAGGAUUUCGUGCGUCAUCGCGAGCAGGCAUAGGAAUCUGGAGACCAGCGAGGCGGAGAAUGUCCGAGCACGUCGUAAAAUCACGAUUGAACGUAGCAAGAGUGUUCGGACGCAACGAACGGAUUACGUCGAGAGCAACAUGACUUGCGAGAGACCGUCCGAGGAGGCCGAGCCGACGAGCAUGUGCAGAAAGUUGGGCACAAUUCGCGGUAAUCAGCAGAGCUGUAUCAACAGGGUCGCUAGGGAGACGAAAACUGCGGGUACCUUGGCGGUGGUCGUGGGCGGUUUCGUCGCGUGCUGGUUGCCAUUUUUCAUUCUGUACUUGGCGACACCGUUCGUACCUAUGGAGCCCCCGGACAUCCUCAUGCCCGCUUUAACCUGGCUAGGGUGGAUUAACUCGGCCAUCAAUCCGUUUAUCUACGCCUUCUAUUCGGCAGACUUCCGCCUCGCUUUCUGGCGACUAACAUGUCGGAAAUGUUUCAAGAGCAGGCUGAACUUGGACGGCACGAAUCGGAAAUUACCCAUUCCGGUUAACUGGAAAAAAGACGCGUCGAGGACGUAAAGAGAUCCCUGCGCAUGAAUUCCGAACUUGCUUAAUUACGUAGCGACUGAAAUUAGAAGGGCGAUGGGUGGGGGGGAUGGGUGUCGAUCGCAUCGAAUUUUAUGUUUACUCGCAACCGCCGUACAUUGUCAAAGAAUGACACGUACGAGAAACGCAUCUAUUCUGUAUAUGUGUACGCUGGUAGCCAAUCAAUCGAUUAUUAUUACGCCGUUUUAUAUGAUACAUAAAAAUUUCACUACGCACAAUACGGCGGAAUACGUGUAUAACUCUACUCUCGAGAAUUGCAUGAUUAAUUAUUCUCUUUAGGUACAACGUCGCGCACAACGAUCGACCCGAUUGGUCACCGUAGUCUCGUUUGAAUGUUCGUUAGCUUUCAGAUAUUUUCGCUCACGCUCGAUCGAGUCAGACUUCUACCGAGGCUUCUUGCAAAAUUCCACAAUUUUAUUUAAACAGAUUCUGCCGGAGCAACGUUUAUUCAUUUUCACUCUAAUAACUUCACUUCGUCCUGUCGCUUUGCGUACAAGAAGGUGUAUCUGUGUUGAUUUUAUUGAAAGGUUCGCCGGUAUAUCGUCGAGUAGAAAUUUAGAAUUUACGCAUUUACGAAUCCCGCAAAUGCUAAUUUAUAUCUCCAAAUAAUGCUCCUUGGGUUGCAAAUCCUCGCAUAAAUCUGCCUCCUUUUCAUUUUUAUUUUGCAGAGUUAUCGCAACGAAUACAAAUCCAAAUCUCCAUUGCUGUAUUCCGUUCACACAUCUGUGCUAUCUUUGCCCUCGGUAUUCCUUCCUUUUCCCGUAUUUCUCUGUAUUUCAAGUUCGACAGAAUAUACAGGGUUAAUGUAGAAUCGAAAUCUCGACUUGGGCAAUCGAUAAAAGACGAACGAACUUUCUGUACGUCUAACUUUUUGCCUUUAACAACAUUGAAAUAAAAAAGGCAACUUUUGUUACAUAAUGUAAAAUAAUUACAUAAUGUAAAAUAAUUCCAUCAACUAAUACAAAUUAAUUUCUCUCUUUACCUCUUUGUAUGUACGGCGUGAUAAAUUUAAGGGUAAAAUACCGCUUAAGAAAGAAUUUUGCAAUUUACGCAAAUACGUACGGUAAAAAAUUAUACAUAUUUUUCAUGUGUAUAACGUAGCUCGUCAACACAUAAAAAUUCUUUUGACACUACGCCACGUAACUACUUUAUUAACGUAUCCACAUUUAAAUAUAAAUGUAUGUGCGUUUUAGUGCAAAUGUACUCGGAGCAUGUAGCAGAUUCUCCCUAUCAAAACAGAGAUUAUGACGUAAAGAUAAAAAAUUUACGCGAAUGUAGUGUAUAACCAUGUUUAAUCUCUCUUAUGAGAUAAGUAAUGUAUAAUAGAUUAUAUAAUAAGAUGUAUGACUGAUGCCUAAUCUGUGAUCAAUAUCGAUGUAAUCAUUGUCACAUUCAUUCGUGACAUUUGUAUACGACGAAUAAAAAUUGAAAUGUUUCCUGUUUAAUCGCCGUAUCAUUGUACGCGUACAUCUAAUUUCUCUCUCUCUCUCUCUCUCUCUCUCUCUCUCUCUCUCUCUCUCUCUCUCUCUUUUUGCAUUUACGUAAAACAUUUUUACAUGUAUAUUUUAUAUUUGACAUUCCGAGGAAAACUUGCUAUAUGCAUCGAAUACUUCUUAUCGCUACUUUUUACUAGCUCUUCCGCAUCAGAAAUGUAUAAUAUAUAAUUUUAAUUUAAUAAUUUAUAUUUAUUUAUUCGUAGACACAGUUUGUAUAUAGAAUAUAACAGCGAAACAUCAUAUAUAUUAAAUCAUGUGAAUUUAUCAAUGUAAAGGUAGAGAAUGAGAAAUCAUAAAUUAUAUAUAUCAUUUAGAAUGAAGCUGGUUAAUAUUUGCGGUUGUCAAUUGCAAAUAUUUACCAGUUUUAAUUAAGAGAAUUUUAUUAUUUUAGGGAAAUAUUAACGACUAAAAACAUAUGUUAAAUUAAUUAUAGAUAUUAGUUAAUCGAGAGAUUUGGAAGAAAUUUCAUAAUCAAUUGUUAAAGACUGUAGAUAUUCUACGUAACAAAUUUUGCUAAAAAGCAAAAAACCGAUAUAUCAUUUCUUUUAUUUCUCAGUAUUUUUAAUAAUUCUGUGCAUAUAAUUAAUACUCUGUGUCAGUUAUAUAUCUUCGCAGAAGACAAAAUGCAUAGCUAAUCUAUCUGAAACUUUAAUAUAGUUCCGUGCGCGCGUGCGAUUUCAGUAUUAUAAAUGGAAUAAUUUAUUUCUAUGCUAAUUCUAUAUACUUGAUCAAUUAACGUGAACUUGUACAGAAUAUUGGAUAAAUUAGAGAGAUCUUAUACUCUCUCUAUGAUUCGUAUUCAUAAAUAAACUUGUAUAUAUUAUACAAUGUAUACUAUUCCUAAUUAUCCGAAAAAGCUUAAGAUAUCCUAGAAUUAUCCUAGAUAUGUAUUCAGAACAUUUUACCUUCUUAUUUACAGAAUAUCCAGGACGAUGUUCAAGAUGAUUUCAGCACGCGUUGUGCUAUGUGAGAUAUUUAGAUGUAAAUUCUUAAAAUUAUCUUUAGGUGAACAUUUGUAUAUGGAAGAUAUC